GGGGAAAGCCUUGCAGCAGCCGGAUCCCGGGAGGUCUCCUUGGAAGAUCUCAUCUCCGAGUGCUGGAAUAAGAGGAGGAUGGUUUGCAGAGGAGAGCUGAGCUGAGCUGAGCUGAGCGAGGGGCUGUUGGUGAUCAACUGCUAGAAGGAUCUGAAGAGGGUUGUUUUGGGGGCCCUGAAAUUCAACUGAAGACAGAAAGCCAUUUAAAAGAACUUGUGAAGAAAAAAACCGCCUGGAAGUGAUGUUGAAUUCUGGGAAAGGGCUGUGCCAGAAAUCUUGGCUAAGGACACCAUGACUUCAGAUGGACAUUGUGGAUGCUUCCAACAGUUCUGCUACCAUGAGGCAGAUAAGCCCCGAGAGGUUUGCAGCCAGCUCCAUGGACUUUGCAGCCACUGGCUGAAGCCAGAGAGGCACACCAAGAAGCAGAUCCUGGACCUGGUGAUCCUGGAGCAGUUCCUGACUCUCCCGCCCCAGGAAAUGCAGGGCUGGGUCAGGGGAUGUGGGCCGGAGACCAGUUCUCAGGCAGUGGCCCUGGCCGAAGGUUUCCUCCUGUGUCAGGCAGAGGAGAGGAGGCAGGCAGAACAGAUGCAGGGACCACCUCUGGAGAUGGAAACUGCAAUCCCUGAGGCAGAAGGAGCUUCCUUGGAGCAGGGGCAGAGGGGGCAGGCGGUGGAGCGUACCCAAGAUGCCCUCUCCUGUGGAACAGGCAGUGAAGAGAUGCUGUUGAGCCGUUGUCUUUUCCAAGGUGUGGGAACAGUUGCUGCACUUCCCAUCCAGGGUCCCUUUUCCUUGGAGGAGGUGUCUGUCUCUUUCACGGAGGCAGAGUGGGCCCUGCUGGAUCCGGGACAAAGAGCUCUGUACAGGGAAGUCAUGCUGGAGAACUAUGGGAACGUGGCCUCUCUGGCAAAGGAUGAUCAGAGGAAUGAGGAGGGUGAGAAACUUCAUCAGGAAAUGCCGGAUAAAGAUAAAAAUGAAGACUUGAACGAAAAUGUCAGGAAUCAAAUCAGAGUGAAGAGAAAGAGAGGUGGCUGUAUGGCAAAGAAGCAUGACGGAAGACAAUGCUCAGAGUGUGGAAAGAAAUUCAGUCGGAGUGGCAGUCUUCAGCUGCACCAAAGAACCCACACAGGGGAGAAGCCUUUUGAAUGCUCAGUGUGUGGAAAGAGAUUCAUUCAGAGUAGCAAUCUUCAACAACAUCAGAGAACCCACAAAGGGGAGAAGUCUUUUGAAUGCUUGAAGUGUGGAAAGAGAUUCAUAUGGAGUGGUAGUCUUCAAAGGCAUCAGAGAACCCACACAGGGGAGAAGCCUUUCGAAUGCUCAGAGUGUGGAAAGAGAUUCAUGUGGAGUGUUAGUUUUCAAAGGCAUCACAGAACCCACACAGGGGAGAAGCCUUUUGAAUGCUUGGAGUGUGGAAUGAGAUUUAGUACGAGUGGCGUUCUUCAAAAUCAUCAGAGAACUCACACAGGGGAGAAGUCUUAUGAAUGCUUGGAGUGUGGAAAGAGAUUUAGUAUGAGUGGCAGUCUUCAAAGGCAUCAGAGAACACACACAGGGGAGAAGCCUUUUGAAUGCUUGGUGUGUGGAAAGAGAUUCAGUUGGAGUGGCAAUCUUCAAGAGCAUCAGAGAACCCACACAGGGGAGAAGCCUUUUGAAUGCUCUGAGUGUGGAAAGAGAUUCAGUCGGAGUGGCAAUCUUCAAGAGCAUCAGAGAACCCACACAGGGGAGAAGCCUUUUGCAUGCUCAGAGUGUGGAAAGAGAUUCAUGUGGCGUGGCAGUCUUCAAAGGCAUCAGAGAACCCACACAGGAGAGAAACGUUUCGAAUGA